GAGCUCCCACCGGGCCCCCCCGCCCGUGCCCGGCCGGAUUACCCGCUGCCCUCGCGCCGCCCGAGCUCGCGCCGGCCACCCGCUGCCCUCGCACGACCAUCUCCUCCCGCCAGCCUCCCGCUGUUCUCGUGAUCUGGGAUCGUGGCAGUCGCCCCCGUCGUGAUCUAGGAUCGUGGCGGUCGCCUCCCUCUGCUCCGCUGUGCCUCUGGUCCUCCCCAACGCCUCGCCGCGGGCCUGCUCUCUGCCUGCGCACGCCUUGCUGCUCCGCUGUGCCUCUGGUCCUCCCCAGCGCCUCGCCGCCGGCCUGGUCUCUGCCUGCGCGCGCCUUGCUGCUUCACGUGCUGAGCCGCUCGUCCUCCUCUUCUCCGCUGCUCCUCGCGCAUAUGCGCCACUGCUUCUCCUCGACCUGGUGCGCUAGAACCUGCUGCUCUUACUCCUGAACCUGUUGAACCUGCUGAAGAACAGAGCAGUGCAAAUUCAGUUGAAAUUGUGUAAAUUCAGUUGAACAGAAGUUGAACCCGCUGAAGAACAGACAUGUGGUUGGACCUGUAACAAGAAGGUCAUAAUUUAGGGGAGAAAGUUAACAGUCCAGAACAAGAAAUUGAAAAUCCAGGUAAUAGGAGUAUAUGUCUGUUUAUAAUUUUGACUGAAUUUUAUUUUGGACUGGGUGUCUGUUUACAAUGUUCAGAUCAAUAUUAACAAUCAAAAAUAGCAGCUUCAGUGUGGUAUACUGCCUUGGCGUAGUACUAGCAGUGUUGCUGCCAACUCCAGCAGCAUACUGGGCAGGUUCUGGGCACAGUUCUGAAACAGUUCUGAACUUUUUGUUAACUGAACUGUUAACAACAAAUUCAGUUCAGCAAAGGAGAAGAUUAAGGAACCAUCUCCACCUCAAGCUUCCCAAUGAUGAAAUUCGAUGCUCUAUCAGUGCUCUCCAAUGACUAUAUGAAGGAACAAAUUGCUGGCGACAAACUAUGUAAGUUGGUUUCCAAAAGGAAGAAGCUACCCCACAGAGCAUUGGAUAUGUGGAAAUAUGACAGGAUGCACCAAAAGGACAUCUUCUCUGAACCUAUGGUACACGGAAUGUGCACUAAACUACAUAACACCUACAAGGCUGAGUUCCCUCGGAUUCCUCGAGAAGCUAAUGCUGAGAUUCCUCAAAAAGUUGCUGCUCAAGUUGCUGCUCAAAUUCCUCGAGAAGUUUCUCCUUUUGAUUUGAAUGAGAUUGCUCAAGAAGUUGCUCAGAUUGCUCAAGAAGCUGCUGCUCAAGAAGAAGCCGCUCAAGAAGAAGUUGUUGUCCAGAUUGCUCAAGAAGAAAUUGCUCCUUUUGAUUUGAAUGAGAUUGCUCCAGAAGCUGCUGCUCAAGAAGAAGCUGCUCAAGAUAUGGAUGUUCAAGAAGAAGCUGCUCAAGAUUUGGAUGCUCAAGAAGAAGCUAAUGCUCAAGAACAUGCAAAAGCAGAAUUGACAAAUGAGCAAAGGCAUGCUGUCUACUUUGCUUUGGAGGUAAUCAGGACUAGAGAUGGAGAAAUUCAAGCACAGGACAAGUAUCUAAUUGCAGCCUUGCUGGAUACAAGUGUGCUGACUGUUGAGAGAAUAUGGGCCAAAGCCCUGGCACAGAUUGCACGAGGUGAAGAAGUUGACGUAUCAAAUAAGAAGAAAGGUAAUGUUGGCCGAAAAAAGAAAGACCUGGAUCUACCAAGGGUACUCACAAUACCACUCAACAAAAGAAAGACCAUUCGGAGUCUAGCAAAAUCAUUGGGUGUGUGCCACUCAACCUUACACCAAAGGUUCAUGCUGGGCGAUUUGAAACGACACAGAAGUAAUUUAAAGCCUUCGAUGACAGACGCAAACAAGAUUAAGAGACUACAAUUUUGCAUCUCGAUGCUUGACGAUGAUGGCUUGGCAACUCCUUGCCCUUUCUUCAAGAAAAUGGACAAUGUCGUCCACAUCGAUGAAAAGUGGUUCUACAUGACCCAAAUAAGCAACAACUACUAUCUUCUUCCUGGUGAACCACGACCAUUGCGCACAGUGCAGAAUAAGAACAGCAUUGGCAAGUUAUGUUCUUGACGGCUGUGGCGAAGCCAAGAUUUGGUGAAGGUGGAGAGGUCACAUUUGAUGGAAAGAUAGGCACCUGGGCCUUUGUCGAAGAGACGCCAGCUAAAAAAACUCCAAACACAGAGAUAGGGGGACACUUGAAGUGAAAUCAGUGACUGUUACACGUGAUGUCAUGAGAGAGUUCAUUUGCAAAAAGGUCAUUCCAGCUAUCCAGGAUCGGUGGCCAGAUGAGGAUGUAGGAAGAACAAUCCUCAUACAACAAGAUAACACUAAACCUCAUCUCCUCCCUACUGAUGAUGCUUUUCAACGGGUCGUGGACGAGACUGAUCUAGACAUUAAGCUGAUACAGCAGCCUCCAAACAGUCCGGACAUGAAUGUCCUCGACCUGUGCUUCUUCAGGUCCCUCCAAUCACUCACCGAUGGCAGAGCACCAACAACUAUCAAAGAACUAAUAGAGGGUGUGGAGGAAGAAUACAAUAACUACGAUGUCCAAAAGCUCGCUCGAAGCUUCAUUACACUGCAGUACUGUAUGACUGAGACUAUGAAAGUGGAAGGACGAAUUGGCUAUGACCUCCCGCACAAGCAUAAGGAGCGCGCAGAAGGGAAGCUACCAUUUAUCACGGCUGAUUUACUAACAAAAACCAAAGCACUUAUAGAAGGACAGGCUGAGAAAGAAAAUGUGAGGUAGAGAAAGGAAGAGAAUGAUAUUACCAUGUGUAUGAUAGUACUUGUGUAUACUUGUGUAUGAUUUUUUUUUAAUAAAGAAACAAGUGUAAUCUCAAAGUUUUGUUCCUAUUAUGAAAUGUGGCAUGAUUGAAAAAAUA